GUGAAGUUUUAAUGUUUAAAACUUCACACGCCACUGCCUCCCGCGGCCUUUGCACUACCUGUGUGAAAAUACAUUCGUUGUUGGGCGUUUCCUUCCUCCAUCCUCUGGCAUUAAGAGAUUUCCAGCUGUGACAUCCCACAAGGUCCUAUUCCCCGUGGGACAUAUUCCCCUACAGAUACCCACUGACCUUCAUGGGGAGGGAUCUUGGCCCUUAAGUUACCCUUCUUGGAAUUGUGAAGAUGAACAUUUUGGUGAAUGACUCCCUGGAAACACUUUGGUCAAAUGAAUGGAUAAGAAGAAGCAUUGUAAUAUGCAUUGGAUUCGGAGUCAUUAUUUGUGUUAGAAAAUUCUUUCAAAACAGAAAAAAGGCUAAGUUAAGAGCUGAGUGGAAUGCUGCAGGCAAGGAUGUUGUAGUUCUUCAUCAAUUUUGGCGUGGCAAAUAUUGCCCAAAUCUCAGUCCAUAUGCUUUGAAAGUGGAAUGUUUUAUGCGUUUGGCCGGAAUCAAGUAUAUUACUGACGCCCAAGAGCCUUUUGGAGCAAGAGGUUUGUGCCCUUGGAUCAAUCUUAAUGGAGAAGACAUUGAGGAUUCCCAGCAUAUAGUUGAACGUUUGACGGAGCAGUUUAAUGUCAAACUUGAUGACCAUCUCACACCAGAGAGGAAGGCAACUCUUGAAGCUAUAAGAAUCAUGUUGGAAGAACAGCUGUUCUGGAUUUUGUUCAUGUAUAGGUAUUACCAUACAAACUGCAAGGUAUUUAAGAAAACUCAAGUAUUCCCAACCUGGUUUCUGCAUUACUUUUUCCCAAUAUUCAUCUACUACCACUCACAAAAGCGAGGAAGAGCACAAGGUAUUGCCCGACAUACAUUCGCGGAACAGGUCAAGAUGACUGAGAAAAUUAUGGAAAUCCUUAAUACACUUCUUGGUGAUGGCCAAUAUUUUGGUGGUGACAAGCCCUGUUCAACUGACUGCAUUAUUUUUGGAUUUUUGGCUCAGGGCAUGUGGAAUGAGACAGACUCGCCCUUUGAGACACUUAUAAAAGUUACAUAUCCAAAGCUAGCUGCUUACUGCAUCAGGAUGAAGGAGCGCAUAUAUCCUGACUGGAAGAAGCUGUUAAAUCCACCUCAAGAAUAAAGGUUUAGAAAAUGUUGAAUAGAUAUGAAAUUGUAGACUGUACAGGUCAAAUGCUUCAUUUCUAAGAUUGUUCAUUGUCAUUGUGAUUUGGGGACUCAAUAAAUAAUAGUAUGUC